AUGGCCAUGGCUGGAUCCGACCAGGCUGCUGGCUGGAUGAUGCUGGACCGCUUCGUCUACCGCAGGGACGAGGACGGCGACGGCGGCUUCCCGGACGAAUCUACGGCGCCCCUGAGGGCCACCUCGUCCACCUCCCUCGGCAGGCCUUUCGACGUCGCCAUCCUCCAUGCCGAGCCGCCCGCCGUCUCCCGCCUCUACGUGCGGUGGCCCGGCGGCACCAAAGGAAAAUACGGCUCCAGCGCCGGCACCGCGCUCAUGGCUGCGCACCGUGACCUCAUCCUCUUCCAGCUCGUCUCUAUGGAAGGUCAUAUCACGCAUGACCACUUCGUCUGCAUAGCAUCCUCGGAUCCUGCAGCUGGGCCGCACAUGGAGCUCAAACGCCUCCCCGUCUGCACCAUACCCAUGGUCUUACCUCCGUGUUCUUGUGAGGAACAAGACACGGAGGAGGAAACUCCGUCUUGUGAGGAAGAAGACACGGAGGAUGCCACUAUGCGGCGAGUGUUUUUCCCCAACACUCUAGGGCUCAUUCGCGGCCGUGAAGAAGAGUUUGCCGUGGCACAGCUGGCUAUGGUCACCAAGAUACGAGGCGCCCACCGGAUGGAAGCUGAAGUGUGCGUGCUCCGCUCACGUGUGUCGGAUCCUGACGACCAUGGCAUGUGGGAGCUUCAAAAGAUACCUGUUCAGCAUCAGAGUCAUGAAUACUUGGCCCUGGAUAAUUGGUUGACGGAUGCUGUCGUCACAUUCAACAACUAUAUCUGCUGGAUUUCCUACUACGCAGGAGGUAUUCUAUUCUACGAUAUAUUUGCAGAAACACCUAACAUUUUUUAUCUUCGGUUACCUACGAGUAACCGUCCUACAACGACUCAAGAAAGAGGUUUCCUUGAGGUCAACCGUAGCCUCUGUGUCACUGGUGAUCUUCUCAAGUACACGUAUAUUCUUCGCAAUGAUAAACGACUCUACGGCCCACUUAAACCUCGUACGGGUUUUACCAUCCUCACUGAUACUUUGAGCAUAACGGAGACUGGUGACAUAAAUUGUUUCCACGAAAGGGUCAAGAUAGCUAAUGAAUUGUGGCAUUACAACACCUCUGAAUGUCUCCCGCGCCAAGCCCUGAUGUACCCUCUUGUGAGCAUGGACAGCCCUAAUAUUGUCCACUAUUUGAUCUCUGAGGAAGGAGAUAAGAUUGACAAGGUUUCCAUGGUUACGUUGGAUAUGAUUACUCAGAAAGUCAUUUCAAUUGUUUCAUAUAUUAAAGGAGAGGAAGACCUCUGUGGCCAAGAUGCUGACAUGGUUAAAGAAAAGUCCCACCUUCUCGCGUCCUUCCUUCCAUCCGAGUUUCCCAAGUUCUUGAAUCUCACAAGGUAUUGA